AUGGGAUGGAAUUUUGGAGAAGUAGAUGGAAUCUGGGAGAAGGGGAUGGAAUCUGGGAGAAGGGGAUGGAAUCUGGGAGAAGGGGAUGGAAUGUGGGAGAAGGGGAUGGAAUCAAGGAGAAGGGGAUGGAAUCUGGGAGAAGGGGAUGGAAUCUGGGAGAAGGGGAUGGAAUCUGGGAGAAGAGGAUGGAAUCUGGGAGAAGGGGAUGAAAUAUGGGAGAAGGUGAUGGAAUCGGGGAGAAGGGAUAGAAUCUGGGAGAAGGUGAUAGAAUCUGGGAGAAGGGGAUGGAAUCUGGGAGAAGGGGAUGGAAUCUGGGAGAAGGGGAUGGAAUCUGGGAGAAGGGGAUGGAAUCUGGGAGAAGAGGAUGGAAUUUGGGAGAAGGGGAAGGAAUCUGGGAGAAGGGGAUGGAAUAUGGGAGAAGGGGAUGGAAUCUGGGAGAAGGAGAUGGAAUCUGGGAGAAGGGGAUGGAAUCUGGGAGAAGGGGAUAGAAUGAGGGAGAAGGGGAUGGAAUCGGGGAGAAGGGGAUGGAAUCUGGGAGAAGGGGAUGGAAUCUGGGAGAAGGGGAUGGAAUCUGGGAGAAGGGGAUGGAAUCUGGGAGAAGGGGGGGAUGGAAUCUGGGAGAAGGGGAUGGAAUUUGGGAAAAGGGGAUGGAAUCUGGGAGAAGGGGAUGGAAUGGGAGAAGGGGAUGGAAUCUGGGAGAAGGGGAUGGAAUCUGGGAGAAGGGGAUGGAAUCUGGGAGAAGGGGAUGGAAUCUGGGUGAAGGGGACGGAAUAUGGGAGAAAGGGAUGGAAUUUGGGAGAAGGGGAUGGAAUCUGGGAGAAGGGGAAGGAGUCCGGGAGAAGGGGAUGGAGUCCGGGAGAAGGGGAUGGAAUCUGGGAGAAGGGGGUCGAAUCAGGGAGAAGGGGAUGGAAUCCGGGAGAAGGGGAUGGAAUCUGGGAGAAGGGGAUGGAAUCCGGGAGAAGGGGAUGGAAUCUGGGAGAAGGGGAUGGAAUCUGGGAGAAGGGGAUGGAAUCUGGGAGAAGGGGAUGGAAUCUAGGAGAAGGGGAUGGAAUCUGGGAGAAGGGGAUGGAAGCAAGGAGAAGGGGGUGGAAUCUGGGAGAAGGGGAUGGAAUCUGGGAGAAGGGGAUAGAAUCUGGGAGAAGAGAUGGAAUAUGGGAGAAGGGGAUGGAAUCUGGGAGAAGGGGAUGGUAUCUGGGUGAAGGGGAUGGAAUAUGGGAGAAGGGGAUGGAAUCUGGGAGAAGGGGAUGGAAUCUAGGAGAAGGGGAUGGAAUCAAAGAGAAGGGGAUGGAGUCCGGGAGAAGGGGAUGGAAUCUUGGAGAAGGGGGUGGAAUCAGGGAGAAGGGGAUGGAAUCCGGGAGAAGGGGAUGGAAUCUGGGAGAAGGGGAUGGAAUCCGGGAGAAGGGGAUGGAAUCUGGGAGAAGGGGAUGGAAUCAGGGAGAAGGGGAUGGAAUCUGGGAGAAGGGGAUGGAAUCAAGGAGAAGGGGAUGGAAUCUGGGAGAAGGGGAUGGAAUCAGGGGGAAGGGGAUGGAAUCUGGGAGAAGGGGAUGGAAUCUGGGAGAAGGGGAUGGAAUCUGGGAGAAGGGGAUAGAAUCUGGGAGAAGGGGAUAG